GCUCUGGAGCGCUUCCGCUCUUGAACGCAGGCGGACGACUUCAAGAGCGACCUCGACGUGCCUUCGUGGGCAGAACUCGGCGAUGUCGGCCGCUUCGCACAGGGCCUCAACUGCAGCGCGGAAUUUCUGCCCAACGUGCGCGAGAUCAGUUGCCUUGGGUCUCGCCUGGCACGCGCUGAAUGCCUCGGCCAGAGCCUCCGACCAGGACCACCGCCGAAGUCACCAUGCCGAUGUGGUCACUCACCUGGCCAUUAGGGACGAGCUUGGUGAGGACCACCUGUACGACGAGGACCAGCUGUUCUUCCUCACGUACUGUCGGAGCAGGUGCUCGCGUCAUCAACCAGCGGACCUUUCGCUUGGCGUGAACUGUAACGCAGCGGUCCGCCGCAUCGCGGACUUCCGUCACGCCUUCAACUGCAAGCUUGGUUCGCCCAUGGCUCCCCACGAAGGAUGCCAAGCCUCAGACUUCUUUUGACUUCCGAAACCAGACUCAAUGCG